AGAUUUUAUUAAAAUUUCCGCCAUGUGAAAAAACGCGUUUAUACGCGAGAUGCUCGAGGUAAACAAUAUCAGAUAAUCAUCAAGGCUUAUCUGUUAUCUGUUAUAGGUUUAUCAUGCAGUGAUUGUAGUAGGAAGUAGGAACAGUUUACAACAUUUAUUUCUGUUUUUACUUUUUAGUUUAAAUUGUUAAAUUUAAUUUCACGCGCCAAGCACUUUCUUAUAGAAUACUUUAUUUUGCUUUUCACAAAGAGCGGAAGCCUUAUAUAAAACGUUGAUAAAGAAAAAAGAAGUUAAAUGUCAUACGCCCAACCUCGUUUAGGUGCUUAUAACACUACUCAAUUUCGCUUCUCACAACAACCCAAUCAGCCAAUCAUUAAUAGUUCUCUGCCUAGAACCAGGUUAAAUGGUUCUGUUCAGGGUAUGGUAACCUCUCAAAAGAGCGUUCCUAUUUCCGUAACUCAAAUAGCAGAAACUAAAAGACUUGCAGCUGAUAGGGAGGUUAUAGUUUUGUCUUCAGAUUCUGACUCUGAUACUGAAACUAGAAGACCUGUUGUGUCUAGAGAAAUUAAAGGUAAAGAGAAAGAAAAUAUUAGUUAUGUUAAUAAAGGGAUGUCGAAUUUAUUGAUAGAUUAUAAUAGUGAUGUAAAUCGAAAUAGUGUAUUUGACAAAGAUAAUCGUCAGCGUAAUGUUAUUGAUUCUUUUUCGAACAAUACAAUUAAACCAAAAUCCACACACGAAAGUACCAAUAAAAAAAACCUUCUUGAUGACUAUAAAUUAGUUCAGUCGAAUAAAGGAAACCCUUCAUUAUCCCAAAUUGCUAACCCAGUUAGGGUUUUUUUGAAUAUAUUGGAAGAUCAUAAAACCAAUAUAGAGUUUUUUGAUAUCAUAGUCGAUUUUACUAGGAUUUAUCUUGAAAUUUAUAAUGAAGAUAAACGAAUUAUUACGAAAAUAAACGACUUUCAAACUCUUGUGGUUGAUUUGAUAUAUUGUUUAAUGUCGAGAAUGAAAGGUAAAAAUUUAAAUAUAUAGUUACAUAGUAAACCGGAUUUUUUUUCAUUAUUAUUACAACUCGGAAGAUCUUUUUUUUAUUCAGAUGAUCAUUACAUGGCAACAUCAGAAAGAUUUAAGCAAGUCGAAUUGCUUGCACAGAAA